ACUCAAACAACCAGUUGAGAUUCGAACGCCGUACCGAUUGGAUGUGUUAUUUUUACGCGACCGCUUUUCAGGAAAAAAAGGGUGUGAAGACGAAAUAGUCGUGAAGUGCAGAGAAAAUUGUUAUUGUAAACCUCCUCACAUAGUAAUUUGUUUGCUCUCACAUGGUGCAGUGAAAUGGUAAAAAAUCCCACGAAAUAGUCCGCUAUUACAAAUCAAGAUCACAAGCGGCAGCGAAAUUGGAUGGUAAAAGUGUAACCGACAAGGGCAACAUCUGUGCAAAGUGUCUGGGAGAUCAACAAGUUGAUCCUGAGUGGCAGUCCCUUACGCGUUGAGCGUUUUCAAGUGAACGUGAUUUUCGAGGAAUAGGCUGUGACGGCGCUUUUUAUUAUUAUCGGCGUACCGCAAAAGAUCGAAGGACGAUCCGAGUUCAGCCUCAAGUCGCCGCAUUUACAGGCGCACCGAAGAAGGUGUUCAUCGUACCAUGUUACAAACGAGAAUGAAUCCCUACCACGUGAUGACAGCGGCGCUGCUGGUUGCCCUGGGUGUAAUACUGCAACUGAGUUCGACCGAAGCGUGCAGUUGUUUGCCGGAGCACGCACAGACAGCCUACUGCGAUGCCGAGUAUGUGAUUGUGGCCCAGGUGCUCAGAAAGUCGAACCGAAAGCAUAACGACAAUAACGUUUACAAGAUCGCCAUCAAAAAAGAAUACAAGAUGUCACCCCGUGCACAAAAAAUGCUCAAGCAAGGAAAGCUCAUUACACCGUCAACUGAUUCCAUGUGCGGCAUACAGCUUGAAGUGAAUCAGCUUUAUGCGAUUGCCGCCAGAGACAUUCACGUUGGCCUGUGCAACUUUGUGCGCAAGUACAGCGAUCUUACGAUUGUGGAAAAGCGUGGCCUGGCUGGUAUCUACCGUAAAGGAUGUUCGUGUCAGAUCAAGCCUUGCUUCAGCGGCGAGUGUAAUAUGACGAUCGGGGCCUGCAAUUGGACACCGUGGGCUUCCUGUGAGACGGAUUACGGAUCGUGCAUUCCGACGCGAGGAUAUCUGAUUGAUGGAUCACCGGCCAAAUGCCACUGGCGUCGAUCACCACUCUAUCAAAAGUGUAAAGUGGACACAAGAGAAUGAUCUGAACACGGCUGUCGAGUUUUUAGUUGACAUGUUUAAUUUUUGUUCUUCGCUGUAAUUAUUUCAUUCUGAGAAUUCACUCCUCCGUUUACCCCCAAAUUCUCCAGUGGGUGUAGCGAAUGUUUCUAUUGUAAAAUUACUAUUUUAUAAAACCACAGAUAACAGAUGUUUAUGUCCGAUUGUAAAACUGUGUAAGACAAUGAUUGGUGAUUUUAAGUGGCAACACAAGUAGCAACAUCGUGGUAGCGCUGUUAUCGCUAAGUUCCCAUGGUGAUGUCUGUGGUGAAUAUGAAACAUUUCAAGAUAUUUAUAUUCACCACUGAUUGCAGCAAUUCGUUGUGUGGCGGCGCUAGUGUUUUCAACGUGUUUUAGUUUGAAUAUUUACACAAGUUUUCAGAAGAUUUUUGUUCUAGCAUAAACAUCUGUUAUCUGUGAUAAAACCUGAUAAUACUAUUUAUUAUCCAAAUGCAUAUACUAUUUAUUUUACACAGGUGAAAGUCAAAUACAGUAACAAUUUGUCUGAUUUCCAUGUGAAUAUUUAUUUGUAUUUUUGCGUGCGGCAAUGCUCCUUUGUACUUGCAGAAAAUAUUAUGUUGUAGUACAAAUAGCGAUACGUUUAGAUUAAGCAAUAUUUCUGGAAGAGAAAAGUAGUGUAAUCUCCCUAAGAAACUUACUAUUUGUUAAAAAGAACUAAAACGCACAAUAAAAUGUUGUUUUGAAAAUCGUUUUUCUUCGAUGAUA